AUUUUUGCUAGAGAUGGGGUUUCACCAUGUUGGCCAGGCUGGUCUGGAACUCCUGACCUCAAGUGAUCCACCCGCCUCAGCCUCCCAAAGUGCUAGGAUUACAGGUGUGAGCCACUGUACCCGGCCCUAUUUUUCAUUUUUGUAAGAGAAAAAAUAGCUAAUGCAGAAUUGAAAAAUUCCUAACCAUUAAGGUUAUGAGACACUAAAAUAGAGUAUCAUCUUAUGCAACUUAUUCCCCAGACUGGAAGUCUGGUUAGUGACAAGAGGAAUGAAUGAAAUAACCUGCUAACGUUUCUUUCAGGUCAGGGACCCAAAGUUUAUACUGACCCCCUCUCCCCACCUCCCUCACGCCUUGACCUCUGGUCCUCUUGUCUUUGGAGGUUUUCACACCAGACACUGCAGCAGACACCCAUGAUAAGUACCAUGACUCCAAUGAGUGCCCAGGGCGUCCAGGCAGGCGUCCGCUCAACAGCCAUCCUGCCUGAGCAGCAACAGCAGCAGCAACAGCAGCAACAGCAACAGCAGCAGCAGCAGCAACAGCAACAGCAACAGCAGCAGCAGCAGUACCACAUCCGGCAGCAGCAGCAGCAGCAAAUCCUGCGGCAGCAGCAGCAGCAGCAACAGCAGCAGCAGCAGCAGCAGCAGCAACAGCAGCAGCAGCAGCAGCAGCAGCAGCAGCAACAGCAACAGCAGCAACACCAGCAGCAACAGCAGCAACAGGCGGCUCCUCCCCAACCCCAGCCCCAGUCCCAGCCCCAGUUCCAGCGCCAGGGGCUUCAGCAGACCCAGCAGCAGCAACAGACAGCAGCUUUGGUCCGGCAACUUCAACAACAGCUCUCCAAUACCCAGCCACAGCCCAGUACCAACAUAUUUGGACGCUACUGAGCCACCUGGAGGAACUGCUUGUGCACUGGAUGUGGCCCGACCCUUUCCUCUUAAUUCCCAAUCCCGUUCCUGGGCUAGCACCAGUAGUGAUUGGGGCCCUUCCCUCAGGCUCCGUUUUUAAUAAGUUUUUAGUAUUUUUGUUAAUGUGAGGCAUUGAGCUGUUGGGUUUUGUAUAUUAUUUAUAUAGAGACCCCAGAGCUGUUGC